CAUCCUUCAGGACGUAUGCUGUAUAGUUGUCCAGGGAAGAAACUGUCAAUGAUAUUGUGUUGCAUACACUCUAAAAUAUUCGAAUUUUUUAUUUGACGGCGGCUUUUCAUAGUUAUAAAUUCUAGUUACAUCAAUUUUAAAUUAAUUUUGAAUAGGUAGCAAAUAUGUUAUUACGGACUAGUAAGUGUAAAUAUAGAUUAGCGGUAUUGAUACGGGUGUUGUUGUUAGGACUGCCGAUUUUUCAUUAUCUCAUGUUUGGCGAUGGUGCAGUAGAUGAAGGUGCGACAGAUAAAGCUACAUUUUCCUCUCGCCAUCUUUUGACUCUGGAGCCCGAAAAAAAUUGUACACGCCCUGCCAUCCUGGAAUUCCCACCGGAUGGACUCUCAAGAUCUCAGAGAAAGCAUGGCUUCAUAAUCGUUCACUGCGUAAUAGCUUUGUACUGUUUCCUACUCCUGGGCGCAGUUUGCGAGCAAUACUUCGUUCCUGCCAUCGAGAUUAUAUGUGACCGAUUAAACCUGGCCGCCGACAUUGCUGGAGCGACGUUCAUGGCAGCAGCAAGUUCGAGCCCUGAGCUGUUCAUAAACUGUAUCGGAACAUUCGUGACCGAGGGAGACCUCGGCGUAGGAGCGGUGGUGGGCUCUGCCGUGUUCAACGUUCUGGUGGUACCGGCCUGCUGUGCUCUCGCAGCUUCGAAGAUGAUAGAGCUGGAUUGGUGGUCAGUGUCGAGAGACUGUUUGAUGUACGCGGUAGCCGUUGUCGCCUUGAUCCUGACGCUGCUCGAUGACGUGGUGUACUGGCACGAGGCCUUACUGCUGGUCCUCAUGUAUACUCUAUACAUCCUAGCGAUGGUUUUCAACGGUCGACUCGGGAGCUUUGCUAGGAGUGGAUGUUGUUUCAAAAAACCAAAGCCAUACACGGAGGUUACACCUCUUUUAUAUAAAGAAAAAUCAUAUGGACUAGAUUUAACAAACAGAAUCACCGUGGAGGAGCAGCGGAUUAAUGAAUUGGAGGAAGGAAUUUCAAUUACGUCAGAAUCGAGUAUGAGUUCCAUUCUAUCUUGGCCAGGCUCCAAGUCAUCAUUCAUGUCAAGAUGCCUCUGGAUGCUAACAUUGCCUCUUAGCCUGGUCCUCUGGCUCACCAUUCCAAACUGUAAGAAGAACCCUCGCCUUUAUCCUGUCACCUUCAUGAUGUGCAUCAUUUGGAUUGCUGGAGUAUCGUACUUAGUGGCGUGGAUUAUUACAAUCAUAGGAGAUACAUUGAAUGUACCGGACAGUAUCACAGGACUCACUAUACUUGCCGCUGGAACCAGUCUUCCCGAAGCUGUCUCAAGCGUUCUCGUCACAAACCACGGUCAUGGAAGCAUGGGUAUCAGUAACACAAUAGGAUCAAAUACGUUCGACAUAUUAUUGUGUUUGGGUCUACCUUGGCUAAUCAAAUCAUUGUUCUAUCCAUGUGUCCCUGGACACCAUUGGGUUAAUAUAAAUUCCAGUGGCUUGUCGUACAGCGCCAUCUCACUUCUGACAACGUUAUUUGCUCUGUACGGGUCUCUCGCUCUUAAUAAAUUUCAAUUAGAUUGGAAAGUGGGCUUAACUUGCAUAAUUGUGUAUAUCGGGUUCCUAACAUUGGCGGCACUGCUAGAGUUAAAUGUACUUUUUGAAGUUAAUCUUCCAAUAUGUGCCCAUUAGCUCAUACCACUGAGUUCACCAGUUAACUAAAGCAGGCACGUUCACAGUACUCACAGCAAUAAUAAGAAGAAAAACUCUUCGUUUAAAAAUAUAUUUUCAACCGAGCUCGAAAACAGGAGGAGGUUGUCAAUUCGACUUUAUUGUUUGUAUGCUAUUACUCUAUAUCUUGUACUAUUGUAUCUAAACAAUUUUUUUUGCAUCACUUUACAUAAUUAUUGUAAUUAAAAUGAUUUGUAAAACGAUGAAGCUGAAAUUGUUGAUUCUCAACCUUUAAAAAAAAGUCUUGUCAUUCAUUAGUGUGAUUUCCUUGACCUAUAUGAACGAUGUGAUUUUGAUUUUAUCAGAAAUAGUGAAAAAUAGAACGGAAUUUUUUGUAAGGAAGUCUAUCAUUGAGUUACUACGCGUUUGAGGGUUUACGGCCGCUUUCAAUAACCUAUCUCUCCUUAGUUUAACUUACUAGAGGUAGACAAAUUCUAUUACGCUUACUUACAUUUUAAUAACCUAUCGACAUAUUGGACUAUAACUAUAUUGGACAUAACUAUGGAUAGAUAAGAUCUUGUCAUUAAACGGUGAUAGCAAUGUAUCCGUAACGAGAGAUGCGUUAUUGAAAACGGCCGUAAAUGGACAUAUUUUAUAGAAUGGAGGCAAAGAUUUAAGGAUAUUGCAAAAUAUAUUGGUCGGUUGUCAUUAUUUAUCAUUAGCUGGCUAAGAAUCAGCAUGAUUUAUAAAUAAUUAAAUUGUUAGCAUGCAUGUCUUGAUAAUAAAUAUAAAAUUUUAAGUCAA